AAGAACCUGUUCUACAAGUUCACAGUAAGAACUUGAGAGAGCUCGAGGCAGGUGCAGUUGAAGGCCGUGCACACUUCUUUUAUUCCACAGACAAGCAGAAUUCAAGAAAAAUGAGUUACGCAGACAUCAGCGAUGUUCCAACUACAGGAGCUUCAGAGAGAACGGCUCGUCAGGACAAGUUGACUCAUUCAGGUGUUGAAGCCUCACACACCAUGGCCAAGACCGAUUCGGGCAGAAUGGAGAAGUACAAAGCAAAAAUCAGCAGCGUGGGAAAAAAGUAUGGAAUCGAUCCCGCCCUCAUUGCUGCCAUCAUCUCCAGAGAGACCAGGGCCGGAAACGUGCUGAAGGACGGCUGGGGCGACAACGGCAACGCCUGGGGACUGAUGCAGGUUGACAUCAGUCCAACCGGCGGUGGACACACUGCUCAAGGCGGGUGGGACAGUGAGGAACAUCUCUGCCAAGCCACCCAGAUCCUCGUUGAUUUUAUCGGUCGGAUUGCCAAAAAGUUUCCCAGCUGGAGCAGUGAGAUGAAGCUGAAAGGAGGGAUUGCAGCCUACAAUGCAGGAGAUGGGCGGGUCCGUUCAGAGGACGUGGAUGCCAGCACCACAGGCCGAGACUACUCCAACGAUGUUGUUGCCAGAGCUCAGUGGUACAAGAAGAACUUCAGCUUUGAAUAGCUG